AUGUCUUCUAGAUAUCGGUCUCCUUCCGCCCAGGAGUCUUCAACAGACUCGGUAUCUUCCAUCUCUACCAUCUCUACUCCCGCGACUUCGGUGUCAGGGCUUCCGACGUUGAGGUCUCCGGUUCUGAACGUCCAACAACUAAUAUUCCCGCAACCUUUGAUAUAUGAUCGGGAGGCAUAUAUCCCAGUGGGCGUUCUGAGAAAGCGCAACAGCCCAGACACCGCGACCUCGGCGACAGAGGACUCGGCUGACGACUACCCUGAGGCCGACGUUGCUGCCCUAGAAGAGCAUCAAUGGAUCUGGACCAGCAUCUUUGCAUACCACAGAUAUCCCGACUGGAGCUUUGUUCGUGUAUACAUUCUACCCGAUGACCGAGGUCGUGGGGAGAUUCCACGUUCAAGCACACAUUUAAGGCGUGCGCUCAAGGCUGUCAUGUCCCGGAUCGACAAGUCGUCUCGCGCAUGGUCAGGGUACCUCCCUGCGGAUUGGAAUCCGAACCAGAGUGUCAACGACAACUCGCAAGAUGAGUCAUUGUGGUAUAUCUUCAACACCCUCAAGAACCCGGAGCCUCAAGUCGAGACGAUGAAAGACCCGUACGCAAAGGGCGCCAUGCAGGCCCUACUAUCUGCUACUACUCCUGGCCAUAGUCAUUGCAAAGAAGUGACAUCACAAGCCACCCCCGCUGUGAUGGGUCUCAAAACGCCAUUGUAUCCAUACCAGCGCCGUUCAGCUGCUACGAUGGUUCAGCGAGAGGCGCAACCGGCACAGAUGUUAGAUCCACGACUGCAGAGGUGCACCACGCCAACAAGACGCGAGUACUAUUACGACAAGGAGGAAGGGACUAUUGUUCACGAGAAAAGGAUGUACUCAGAGGCUUGUGGAGGCAUUCUUGCGGAGACCAUGGGCUGCGGAAAGACUCUGAUUUGUUUGGCUGUUAUCCUGGCGACUCGUGGACAUUUCCCUCACAUCCCCUUGGAGUAUCAGGAGACGACGAACCCCGUCCGUGAGAAAACAGCAAGUCUGGUUCAAAUGGCAGCUGCGGCGGCAGGUCGAUUCUCGCUGCCGUGGAAAAGUCACUUCACAUCGUUGGAACAAUCGGGUUCUUUUUACACUAGAUGCGUCCAAGCAUGCGAAGAAAACUGCGGCGAAUACACCAUCCCACCACCACCAGCAAGGCACAACAGCAGAAAUGGAGUCCCCUAUCCCAGACCACCCUCUUUACGCCUCCGCUUAUGCUCGGCAACCUUGAUCAUUGUACCCCCCAACCUGGUGAAUCAUUGGUUGCAUGAGAUUCAACGUCACACCGAAGGGCUUAAGGUGUGCGUUUUGCGCGACAGCUCCGAUGCAACCCCCUCCCCUGAAGUUAUCCUGCAGCACGACAUAAUCUUGUUCUCGCGAAUUCGCUUUGAAAGAGAAGCGGGCGACGCGUUGCACGUCAGACGUCAAUCAGGAAACCUCGCGGAGUCUCCUCUGACCCAAGUCCACUGGCUUCGGAUCAUUGUCGACGAAGGUCACAACGUGGCUGGCCACGGACACCGCACCAAUAUGGUGCAUAUGAUCGAUAAACUUCAUGUUGAGCGCCGGUGGAUUGUGUCGGGAACACCGUCCAGCGGAUUGUAUGGGGUAGAGGUUAGCCUGGCUUCGCAGGAAACGAACUCCAGUGACACAGAUUUAACCGAGGUCACCGCGGCUGUGCUUCACGAGAGGAGGAGAACGGGAAACCUCGCCGACAAUGAGCUCAAAGACCUUGGCAAGCUCAAACUCAUUGUCACGCAGUUUCUUGAUGUCAAACCGUGGUCGAAUUCCCGUGCCAACGACCCGGCUAACUGGACCAAAUACAUCAAGCCUGUUGGCGAUGAUGGGAGACGUCGGAAGGCACCCUCGCUCCGUGCCACCCUGCAGGGGCUGGUCGUACGGCAUCGGAUGGAAAAUAUCCAUGCCCAAAUCACUUUGCCGCGGUUGCACAACAAGGUUGUACACCUCGAACCAACCUUCUACGACAAGCUAAACCUGAACCUGUUCAUCUUCAUCCUGGCGGUCAAUGCAAUCACUUCAGAGCGCACGGACCAGGACUACAUGUUUCAUCCCCGGAACCGAAAGCAUUUGACCACGCUGAUCGGCAACCUUCGACAGGCGGGCUUCUGGUGGGCAGGGUCCGAUGGAGAUCUCCCCGGGACUAUUAACAACGCCCAGAAGUACAUGGACAAAAACCGGGCGCAGAUGACGGAGGACGACCUAGCUUUACUGACCGAGGGGGUUCGCAUUGCUCAGAAAGCACUUUCCUGCGAGAGUUGGAACUGGUUCAAAGAAUUCCAUGAGCUAGGAGUUUUUAUCCAGGACUUCCCUUCCCACGCUCGGAACAUGUGGGCGCUAAACGAAUCUGGAUCACAACUGGAGCCGCUACUCAUUGGCAUCACUCAGGCUCACCACGCCCAGAGAUUUAUUACGGCAAAUUUGAACUCGCUCGACCCCGCCGAGGGCCUUGCUGGCGCCGGGAUCAAAAUUCGUCAUCAGCUCCAAAAGCGAAAGCAACAGAGCCUGGGCUCAUCUAGUACCCAUAAGACUAUCCCAGAUAAGCCCAUCACCACGCGGUUGCCCAAAAAGUGUUUCUCCAAAGGACUCUCCAAGACCCUACCGAUGGAAUCUCCGCUCACGAAGACCAAGCUCGUCGCAACUGCGUCGGCCAAACUGACGUACCUUCUUGAACAGGUCCUUCAUCUCCACAAGGAAGAGAAGAUCAUUAUUUUCUAUGACAACAAUAACUCGGCAUUCUGGAUCGCCGAAGGACUCGAGCUCCUCGGGGUGGAGUUCCGUAUUUACGCUAGCACGCUGAAACCCGCUCAGCGGGCCGAAUACCUUGCCAUGUUCGAAGGGACUGAAGACAUCCGAGUCCUUUUGAUGGAUCUGGGCCAGGCCUCUCACGGGCUGCACAUUGCCAGUGCCUCGCGCGUGUUCAUCAUCAACCCCAUCUGGCAGCCCAACGUGGAAAGUCAAGCCAUCAAGCGGGCCCACCGUAUCGGACAAACGCGCCCGGUAUUCGUCGAGACCCUCGUACUCAAAGACACCCUAGAGGACAAGAUCAUACAGCGACGAAAAGCCAUGUCGGAUACUGAGAUCCAGCACGCCGAGCGCGACCUACUUGACGAUAACAUCAUGAGCAGCAUUAUCCAAAACGAGCAUUUCAUUCCCAUGCCCGAAGACGAAGACCCUGCGUCGGCGCACCUGGCAUUUUUCAAGACCUCGUCCGGCUUUUUUGAUCGUCACAAACUGUCUAUCCCUGAUGACGACGGCGAAGAUGACGGCAGCAAGCCCCAAACUCCGGAGGCUCGCAAAUCGCCGUUGAAGCGGAAGCGGCCUGCUCCAGUCAUUCUUGAUCUGGGCAACGAAAGCUCCUCCGGACCAGAUCUCUUGACUCCCCAGCGGCGCAGGACCACCGCGGCGCCGGUACUGUCCCCGAACGGGAUCUUAAUGACUCCGGGACGAGUGCGCACUAAAUCGCCCUGGUCGUCACCGUCGGUGGUCAGCUCGACCGACGACCAUGGCGGGAGCCCCGAGGGGACGGAGACAGGGGAAUCAAGCCAGAGCCAAGGGCCGAAGAAAAAGAAGAAGACGGUGUCUCUUUUCGGUUAA